UGCAGACACACGGUUAUUAGAAGAAGGUUUUAGAUAUCGAAGAUGAGUUCCAAACCCCAACACAGCAGUUACCGCAUCCUGCUGAUGCUGCUGACGUGUUUCUUUUUUAUUGUGACCUUUGUCAUCAACUAUCUGGCCGUCGGUGAUAUUGGUAUAUCUAUCGGUCUCUACGAGAGCACUACUGCCAACAUAUCGGAUUAUUUCUACCUGGAGAUAACUCCUGCUGGUUGGACAUUCUCAAUAUGGGGUUUUAUCUACACUUGGCAAAUUAUCUGGCUUGUUUACGGACUUUCUACUAUCUGUCGAAAGUCAAACAGUGGUGUGUACAUUUAUCAACUUCCGGUCAUGCCAUCUACAAUCUAUAUUACUUACAUUCUCAAUCUUUGUUUCAACGUUGCCUGGAUGAUGCUAUUUGACCGAAAGUACAUAAACAUUUCUCUUCCGACUGCCGCGAUCAUGGCAUUGACAUUGUUCGUUAUACUUAUCAUUUCCUGCCGGGCAGUACACAAUAAUCUCAGUGUCUUGAUUAAGGAUGGCGCGGGUAAGGAAGCAUGGUUCAUACGUUUUUUCCUUCAAAACGGAAUAGCAUUUUAUGCCACUUGGGUCACUGUUGCGACCCAUCUCAAUCUUGCUAUGGUGAUGCACUACAGUGGAGGAGUAGCCAAUGACAUCGCCUGUACCACUGCACUCGGCAUGCUGAUAUUUUUCGUAAUCUUGUGGUUCCUGACAGAGAUCACCCUUCUUGACAACUACACAAGAUACCUGUUCAGCCCUUACAUCGUCCUCGUCAUAGCCCUAUCAGGUUCGUUGGCAAAAAAUUUUGACCUUGACCUUCGGUACCGGAACUCGAUUACAUCUUUUAUUCUAUUAGGCAUCAGUGGGUUGUUCUUGAUUUUGAAACUGAUUAUAAUCCUUGUUCGUCACAACCGCGCGCCUUUAUCUGCAAGUGGCCAUACGCCCACGAGUUCAGAAAAAUCAUUCAAGUUGGAAGCUUAA